ACCUAGGGACGACGACGACAACAAAACCUAGAGAAGACUACAACAAAACCUAGGGACGACGACGACAACAAAACCUAGGGAAGACGAAGACGACGACGACAACAAAACCUAGGGACGACGACUGACGACGACGGAGUUGCGGGGAGGGGAGAGUGCAAGGGUCGCGGUGCAGAGGAGUGUCGCGGUCACGACCGAAGCCUGCUGGUGAGACAGGGCUCUUUCGUGGCUGGGAAGACCGAGGGAAGAGAAGGAAGGCAUCCAUCGUGUAUGUGCAGUUGUAGUGGCAGUGGGAGAGACUGGGAGUGAGAGACUGAGAGUGAGAGAUUGAGUGAGCAGCUCGCGAGACCGCAUUACUACAGUGCACUCUCACUUACUUCACUGCUGCAGUAGUAGAGGCCGGUGCCAGUUGAAGUGCAGUUCUACUGCUGCUCUACUGCCGCUGCCCACACCCCCCCCCCCCGCACUCCUCUAGGUUCUCGGCGCACAUUAAUUGCCUCUCGCGCACCCCGAGGAUGGUGCCGCAUUGGGAAGGACCACGCGAGGAUUGUGUCAGGGGAUCACCUCGAGCGAAAUCAAUCGCCCUAGGAGGCCCUCGACAAGUCGUUCAGCUGAUAGAGCCUCCCGUGCCUGCCUGUCUGUGUGUUCUCGGGAGCUGGGCUGCGGUAAAUCGACUUAAUCAUCCCGUUAGGUUAUGGAGUCUUGGCACCGGAGCGUGGAGCGGGGAGGGCGUCAUUUGGAGCGACGUGCAGCUUGUUGAGCGGUCCUAGACAAUCUGGGGGAGGGACCAGUAUAAGUCAGUCGCUUGCAAGUCCGGCUGUUCGAUGCCUGCGAGAUUAGCUCGAUGGUGAGGCUCCUAGUGUGCGAGUGGUGGUGUUAUAAGGUGUAAGGUUGGUGUGCAGAGAUGGCAGAUAAAUGUGAGAGUUAUGGCGGCGGAUUACUGUGGGUAGGUUUCGAGAUAGGUUUGUCCUUGUGAUGGCGACGCCUAGCUAACUUCGAACUUGCUCUGAUCAAUGCGAGUUAGCAGGCUAGUUUCCAUGGAGGAGAUCGUCAUGAUUCCAGCCCUGGUUCUGUGUACCCUAAUUUGUAGGCUGUGAAGGAGUUGAUUGUGCUGUAACGGAAGGUAGUCAUUGCUGCAGUGAGGUAGUAGUGUUUUUUUGCAGUUUGUGAGGGAAGAGUCGAGGGUUAGGGAUGACGCCCCCGCGUGGUGACGAGAUGACGGCAGUGCCUGCGCUGUUCAAGUGCCCCAUCUCCCUGGAGCUCAUGAAGGACCCCGUGACUUUGUGUACCGGGCAGACGUAUGAUCGGUGCAGCAUCGAGCCGUGGUUAGAAGCGGGUAACACGACGUGCCCCGCCACCAUGAUGCAAUUAGAGUCGCUAGAGGUCGUCCCGAACCACACGCUGCGGCGUCUGAUCCAGGAAUGGUGUUACCGGAGCUGGGGAUAUGUCGACAAGACUCGGAACCAGUCCGCGGCGAAAGCAUGCGCCGACCCCGGGCAAAUCGUUUCGCUGGUGCAGGACAUUACCCUUUCGCGCCACAAAUUGGGCCCUCUCAAGAAACUGCGGAAUACCUUGUGCGAAGACGAAAGGAGCCAGCGCUGCGUGCGUGACGCGGGAGGAGUCGCUGCUAUCACUGCAUUGUUGGCAUCUUCACAGGAAUCGGGUGGAGAUUUCGAGGAAGAUGGUUUUGAGGUUUGCGAGGAGGCGCUUGCAGUGCUCGUCUCGCUGAUGGCCGUUUGCAGCCAUGACGAGCUCGUAGGGCUAGUUGGCUCUGGCGGUCUGGUGGUUUCUUCCAUGUCGACCGUCCUCUGCAGAGGAAGUCUGGAUUCUCGUGUCAACGUGGCAACAAUCCUAGCUGCAAUCGCAGCGAACACCGAUUUGCAUUUCCAUGGGGCGCCCAAAGUGUUUCAAUCGUUAGGAAAACUGCUUAGGGAAGAUCUCUACCCGAAGGCUGUCAAGGCCAGCUUACGAGCUCUCCUCGCAUUGUGCAAGUGCCGCCGCAACCGCGUAGUAGCAAUCGAAGCAGGGGUGGUGCCUGCUCUAAUCGAGCUCCUACCGGAGCUUCAGAAAGCCAACGCCGAGCGCGCUCUCGGCAUCCUCGACCUCAUGUGUGCCAUCACGGAGGGUCGCACGGCCGUCAUGGAUCACGACCUGGCGAUGGCAGUAUUCGUCUCUCAGUUCCAUACAAUUUCAGUCACCGCCACCGAGUACAUCGUGAGCAUCCUCUGGUCAUUGUGCCAAGGGUCCCCACAAUCUCUCGCAGCAGCACAGGAGGCUGGUGUCUUUGCUCCUCUUCUCCUCCUCCUGCAAAUUGAAUGCGCCCCUAAGACGCGACAGAAGUGUGGGGAGUUGCUGAAGCAGGUGAAGUCGGGCUGGAAGGAGGUUUCCUGUGAUCCCCAUUUCUUCCUUCGGCCCCCAUUCAUUACUGCAAUGUGAUCGAUGGACUAAACGAUAUCAGAGACCAACCUUGGAGAUCGCUCCGCCGCAUCAGGCAGUUCGCGUUGAGCUUUUACGUGAGGCGAAGGUACGGGUUUGGUACCAGAAUAAACGCGACAUCUGGCUUCAGAGCGUGCGCAUACGCUUUGUGUGGGGUCCCCUUGUUCAAUCACGCUUUCUUCCACAUUUCGUUUCUACAGUAUCCUUUGACCGACGCCCCGCUACAGACUCUUAGCGACGACCGCUACCUCAUCCGGUAACAACACCACCCACUUAGUCCUUUUUGCAGAGCCAGUGUGCGAGUGCCAUGGUCAGAUUCAAGCUGCGUCAAACCACGCUUUGUUAUCACUUGAUGUGGAAAGUGUAUUACUUGCACGCAUUCUGUGGAGCGACUGAAGUACUGUUUCAACUGUCCAGACCAGAUCAACACAGUCAGUAAGUCAUCUCUCCACCACCCCCAAUUGCGAAGGAUCUCAGGUGAUGAGAGCCUUGAGGAGGGGGUUUUCACAGGGCCGAACCGCAGUGUACCUGCAGUGUUGGUUGAUUGCGGAGUCAGCAAAGUGGGUCCUUUACGUGGUGCAAAAGGAUGUCGAUAUCUUCCUGAUCAAGGGUCCGCACCUUUCUCUGCCCUUCACGAAUCGGUGCGCUCCUCUCGUCCUCACCGUUGGACUGUCACGCACGCCGCGUUGCCGAUGAAACGACAAUCAAACCACGGCCCUUAGAAAAACUGGUCUUCCUCCUCCUCCACUUCUUCUACUCACCUCCACAUGUUGUCGACAACCUCGGCUGUGAAGUCCACAAUCCAGCACUCAAUUUCUCCAUGGUUUCAAUCAGUGAUCUCAGCAUUUGUUCAUACACAAUUCAUUCAUGUGACUCUUCCCCGAAGACCACCGCGGGGACUUGUACGCUGCGCCAGAAAAUCCAUGUUUAGUUUGGCAAAGAGCUUUCACCGACGGGGGAAAAGAGAAGAAAAAACAAACAGAGCCGUGAUUCUGUUCUUCAGUGAGAAUGUGGGUGUUUGUACACAUGAUUGUAGAUAUAUACUUGGUUAACUUUACCCAUGA